AUGAAUCCAGAAAACAACAAGAACGACGUCGACGUCGAGUCAGAGGGUGAUAAGCUCAGAGAUGAUGAACGCACUGGACGCUCUACGAGGAUCACCUUCGAGGAGUCCUCUUCUGCAGAGGGAUUUCGAUCUAUCUACCAGCCAACUCAAGUCACUCGCCCCCGCUCGAAAAGCCGUGAUACCAUCCAUAGCACAAGAAGCAGUGUUCAGGGAAUGCCCGAACUGCCAAUUGAGUUCCGAACCCUUUCUAUCCAGAUCUCAGAAUCUCAGAACGCCCCCAAGGAAGUUGUCGUCGAUCCCCCGAAGGAGAAGCAGCCACACCAAGAUUACUUCGAGAGCUUGGACUACCACAUUAUCUCCACCGAUAAGCUGUGUCAAGAAUUCAAUGUCGACCAGCGUACUGGACUAAGCUCUUCCUCUGCUGCCACACGUUUACAGCGAGACGGCAAAAAUGUCAUCGCCCACCAUGGCGAGAACUAUCUCAAGAAGAUCUUCUUCUAUAUCUUUGGUGGAUUCUGCUCAGUGCUUUGGGUCGGAGUCGUCAUCUUCUUCAUCUGCUGGAAGCCUCUUAGUGACCCACCCUCGCCUCAAAACCUUGCCAUGGCUGUUCUCAUCCUCAUUGUCAUUGCUUUACAGGCAGGCUUCUCGGCUUUCCAAGAUUGGUCCACUGCGCGUGUCAUGAACUCGAUCUUGGAUCUUCUCCCCGCAGAAGCCAUGGUAAUGCGAGAUGGGAAACUCACUCAUCUCCCUGCCUCGGAGUUGGUUGCUGGUGACAUUGUUCAAAUUGGAAUCGGAAACAAGGUCCCAGCCGACAUGCGUCUCUUGUCCAGCUCGGGCGAUGUCCGCUUUGACCGUGCUAUUCUGACAGGCGAGUCGGACGAAGUUGAAGGCGCCAUUGAAGCCACCGAGCACAACUUUUUGGAAACUCGCAACAUUGCCCUCAUGGGAACUGGUGUCACUAAUGGCAAUGCUAUUGGUAUUGUCGUUUUGACCGGCUCUAACUCCGUCAUGGGCCGUAUUGCAUCGAUGACAGCUGGUGUCAAGCAAAAGACAACAUUGAUCCAACGCGAGAUCAAUCGCUUCGUCACAAUUAUUGUCAUUCUCACAGUCAUCCUGGCUUUGCUGAUCCUUUUCACCUGGCUAGGAUGGCUGCACAAGGACCACCCUACCUACAUGAGUGUGGUGGCCAUGUUGAACAAUGUCAUGGGGUGUGUUGUUGCCUUCAUCCCCGAAGGUGUACCUGUCGCUGUCGCAUUGACUCUCAUGAUGAUCGCCAAGCGGAUGAAACAAACCAACAUUUUGCCCAAGGGCCUGGCAACCGUUGAGACUCUGGGCUGUGUGGAUGUGCUCUGCUCCGAUAAAACUGGCACACUCACUCAAAACCGCAUGUUUGUCAAGUCUCUCGGAAUGGUCGACUGGGAAUACAGUCUCGAGGAUCUUGUGCCUGGCGAGUUUGGAAGCGUUGACCUUCCCGAAGGUUUACGAAAUAUGCUGCGAGCCUCAGUUUUGUGCAAUGAUGCCGUGUUCGACCCGACUACGAUGAACCUGCCCAUUCAUGAACGUGCUGUCAAUGGCAAUGCUACAGAUGCAGCAGUUUUGAGAUUUGGUGACAGUGUUGGAUUGACCAACCCGACUGCCCUGGCUCCAUACGAACGUGUGCACCAGAUUCCUUUCAACUCGAAGAACAAGUGGAUGCUCACCCUGCACCGUGACCCAAAAUCUACCAAGGAAUUCAUUAUCUAUGUCAAGGGAGCACCGGAUGUGCUGUUGGACCGUUGCGCCACUUAUUGGUCUGCUACCCACGAUGCAGUUCGUCCACUCGAUGCCCAGGCGCGGGAAAAAUUCUCGAACUACCAGGCUAAACUAUCCCGCCGUGCAGAGCGAGUGAUUGUCAUCUGCCAACGUCGUUACAUUCCCUUAUCUGCCCCUGGCUCUAACGAUUUCAGCAACGAGAUGAUUGAACAUGGUGUACAGGAUCUCACAGUUCUUGGUAUCUUUGGUAUUGUUGAUCCACCACGUCCGGAGACUGCCUCGACUGUCGCAGCUUGUCGCAAGGCUGGUAUCCGUUUCUUCAUGGUUACCGGUGACUUUGGAUUGACCGCAGCUGCUAUCGCUCGUGAGAUUGGAAUUUUCGACGGACAAGCUGAGGCAGACACCAUCGACGAUCUAAGGGAUGGCCUCGAUCCAUCAAUGGAAAUCAAAGUUCCCAAGUCACGACACAGCCUGCUUCUUGAAGGACCGAACCUGUCAUCAUUGACUGCAGAGGACUGGGAAACAGUCUGCGGUUACGAAGAGAUUGUCUUUGCCCGCACCACACCUGAGCAAAAACUUCGCAUUGUGACAGAACUCCAAAAUCGUGGUUGUGUUGUUGCUGUGACAGGUGACGGUGUCAACGAUGCCCCAGCUCUACGUGCCGCAGAUGUUGGUAUCGCAGUCGGAUCUGGCAGUGAUGUUGCCAUCGAGGCAGCUGAUCUGGUCCUCCUCGACAAGUUCGACUCCAUCAUUGAGGCUAUCCGCCUUGGUCGUCUAGUCUUCCAGAAUCUACAAAAGGUCAUCGCUUACCUCCUCCCAGCCGGUAGUUGGUCCGAGAUCUGGCCCGUGAUCAUGAACGUCUUCUUCGGUUGCCCUGCACCACUCAGCACCUUCCUCAUGAUCAUCGUCUGUGUCUUCACCGAUCUAUUCGUAUCCCUCGCACUCAUCAUGGAAAAAGAAGAAUUCGACCUCCUCAGCCUUCCCCCCGCCGUCCCAAAAAGGACCACCUCAUCAACCUCCGCAUCUACGGCCAAUCCUACCUCUUCGUCGGUGUAA